AUGGGUAACUCUGGAUCAAAACCACGUAAGAAGGGUUCUGGUAAAGCAAACAAUGCUCCUCCAACAACUCAAACAAAACCAACUAAACUACAAUCAAAGCAAAAAUCAUCAUCUGAAUCUGAUUCGAAUAAGGAUACUUCCACACGAAAUAAAGCUACAGAUGAUUCGGUAAUGAAAGAAAAUUUGUCAAGGACAGAGACUAUGCAGUCAACAAAGUCGAAUAGAUCACUUCGAUCAUUAAGAUCUAAAAAAUCUCAAACUUCUAUAUCUGGAAACUCCAAUGUCGACAUUCAAGAAAAAUAUAGAGAUGAUGAUCAUUUACCUCCUCGUACAAAGGAAAUUCAAAGGGUUCAUUCUUCGGGCUCACAAAUGUAUAGCCACUCUAGGUCACACUCAUUAAGUCGAGUUCCAACAGAUGUGCAAUCUAAUAAAUCAAAUAAUAAUUUACUGCCUGGUAUCAAUUCAGGUAGAGCAGAUUCUAGAAAAUCUAGUUUUAAUGGCAGUUAUGAUAUACCACCUUCGAUGAUACAAGUCAAACCAAAAUCACCAAUUUUACGAAAUAGGAAUUACACAUCUUCUUCCGUUAGUUCAUUUCAAGAGAAUGCAAUAACGGAUGAUGAAAAUGAUGAUUCAAAUAAUAACAUUGCUUACUCUAACUCAAGAAAAAGAGUUGAUAUAUUAAGACAUAGUCAUUCUUCGGGUACAUCAAGGGGUAGUCCAUUUGCUUCUAGAUCAAGACGUAAAUCUGAUAACAGUGUAUCAGAGAAUGACUUAUCGCCAGGAGCUGAUCAUUUACCAAUGCAUUCGAUGUCAAGAACAGGUUCGCAUAACUCAAUGCAUAGUAGGAGAUCAUCUACAAAUUCAGUUGGUACAAAUACAUUUGUAACUCCUAUGAACUCACCUGGUAUAAAAAUAACCGAUACAGAUCAAGAAAGAAAUGAUUAUUUCUCUCACUCAAAUGAUUCUAACAAUUACAGAUAUAACAAUGAAACUGGACUUGAUAUUCAAAAUAACCAAUAUAUUGGUGAUCAUAGUAGUGAACUGGCUGGUGAGGCCAUGUAUUUCCCAAACGCGGAUAAUUCAUACGAUGCAUUACAUUCUACUUCUCAUGACAGAAACAUAAAUGAUGAUAGUACCAUUUCAAAAAAGAAAAAAUCUACGAAAAUGCUUGAUAUAGAUGAAACAAUUCAAAAAUUAUUAGAUGCAGGCUAUGCAUCCAAAAGAACUAAAAAUGUCUGUUUAAAGAAUUCAGAAAUUGCACAAAUAUGUCAGAGAUCAAGAGAGAUAUUUUUAUCUCAACCGCCGCUAUUAGAGUUAUCACCACCUGUAAAGAUUGUUGGUGAUGUCCAUGGACAAUAUGGUGACUUACUAAGAUUGUUUACAAAAUGUGGAUUUCCUCCAUCAUCAAACUACUUAUUUUUAGGUGAUUACGUCGAUCGUGGGAAACAAUCACUUGAAACUAUUCUAUUACUAUUAUGUUAUAAAAUUAAAUAUCCAGAAAAUUUCUUCUUACUUAGAGGUAACCAUGAAUGUGCCAAUGUUACUCGUGUUUAUGGUUUUUAUGAUGAAUGCAAACGUCGUUGUAACAUUAAAACAUGGAAAGUGUUUGUUGACACAUUUAAUACAUUACCAUUGGCUGCCAUAGUUACCGGUAAAAUUUUCUGUGUACACGGUGGUUUAUCCCCAGUUUUGAACUCCAUGGAUGAAAUAAGACACGUUAGUAGACCAACAGAUAUACCUGAUUUUGGUUUAAUAAAUGAUCUGCUAUGGUCAGACCCAACGGAUUCUCCCAACGAAUGGGAAGAUAAUGAAAGGGGUGUUAGUUAUUGUUACAAUAAGGUGGCCAUAAACAAAUUUUUGAAUAAAUUUGAUUUUGACUUGGUGUGUAGAGCUCAUAUGGUUGUAGAGGAUGGUUAUGAGUUUUUUAAUGAUAGAAGUCUAGUAACAGUAUUUUCUGCGCCUAACUAUUGUGGUGAAUUCGAUAACUGGGGUGCAGUCAUGAGUGUCAAUGAAGGGUUGUUGUGUUCAUUUGAAUUAUUGGAUCCUCUGGACAGUGUGGCAUUAAAACAAGUCAUGAAAAAGGGAAGACACGAGAGAAAAUUUGCAAAUCAACAGCAACAACAAUAUAUUCAGAACUAA